CUGUGACUUCCGUAGGUCACAUGCGCUGAUAAUAAGCGAUGGCUAAAACUGAUGGAGCACUCACUGCGCAUCAAGCGCUGUGUUUUGGAAGAUGGAGAAAUGGUGGAUCAGAGUUUGAGUAAUGCUGCCCUCCUCCGAGCUGUACCCCGGUUGCGGAGCCCAGCUGCAUGGGGAAGGCCUCUCCAUGGGCUGUGGUGCUUCAGUGAGCAGGAUCCCAGGAGGUGUGUGGGGACCAGAUCAGCCACCUCAAAGGAGAAACCACCAGACACAGAGAAAGAGAAAUUCCAGGUGGUCUACCGGUUUGAUGCCAUCAGAGCCUUUGGGUAUUUGUCUCGGCUAAAAGUGGCACAGACAGUCCUGACAGUGGUGGCCCUGCCCCCAGGCUUCUACUGGUACUCCCAGGGCCUCAUGACUCUCGACUCCCUGUGCCUUAUGGCUGGGAUAGCUGGCUUUGCCCUGGCCAUGCUGUGCUGGAUGAGCUAUUUCUUCCGGAGGCUGGUGGGAAUCCUGUACGUCAAUGAGUCGGGCACCAUGCUACGGGUGGCCCACCUGACCUUCUGGGGCUGGCGGCAAGAUACGUACUGCCCGGUGGCCGACGUGAUCCCCCUGACGGAAACCAGGGACCGGCCCCAGGAAGUGUUCAUGCGAAUCCAGCAGUACAGUGCAAAACAGACCUUCUACCUCACCCUGCGCUACGGACGCAUCCUGGACAAAGAACGUUUCAUGCAGGUGUUUGGGAUCCUGGACACACUCAAGUGAACACCUGGGAGCCGGGCUUCUGAGUUGCUCUGGGUUGCCUAGAUCUCUGCCGGGAAGACUGAAGGCUCAGGCAAGGCUGACAAAGGGGAUCAGGUAGCUGGAGUCUUUGCCAGGACCCCUGGGAACUUGUCUUUUGGGAUGCGGAAAUUCAUGAAGCAGAAGCUAGUAAACAGGUUUAGAUAAAAGACCCUUAGUGCACAUUCUUAACUGCACUUGUGUAUGACUUUAAGUCAAAUAUUUACAGUUCAUGGAGGAAGCUAUGUCAAGUUCACCCACACAGUACACAGCUGGGAAAUCAGAAGACAGAGGUAUGGCUUGGGGAGCCCAAGAUUUGGAGUCAGAAGACUUGGCUUCUGUCAGUUUUCAACUCCCCAUCCAGGGCAGGUUAUUGAAUCUCUGAACACUGGCUUUCACAUCCAUAAAACCAAGAGUCUGGCCUGUCUCUUAGGAUGGGUGUAAGGAUAAACAAUAAAUAUCAGAGUGCUUUGGAAACUUAAUAGCCCAGAGCAAAUACUAAGCAUUAGGUAGAGGUCAUGGCACAGUGAAAGGCUCCCAGUCAGUAGGAAUUUCCACGUGUGCCCAGCAAGCAGUAGGACUGGCGCCAGCUUAGAGUGGGGUCUCUAUCCCCCGGCGUGGUAGCCGCACACCUGAUUGGACAGGGAUGACUUCCAGGUGAGCACAUUCACCCCUGCUGGUCACCACCCAGAGAUCUGGGAGUGCUCACAUUUGGAAGGCUCUGCAGUGUAGAUGGACCAUAUGUUGGUUUUAUAGACUAAAGCCACUUAAAUGCGCCCCCUGCUCUCGUAGUUAAUAGUGUAUGUUUACUAUAGAAAGUUUGCAACAAAGAGGAAGGAAGACAAAGUUUUUAUAAUUCUACCACUCAAAGUGAGUAACUCGAUGUCUUGUGUAGCCUUCAGUCUCCUUUUAAACGUGAUGUUAUACAGCAUAUGAAAUUGUAUUUUUGCUUCAUGUUACAACACAAGACUAUCAGUUAUAAAAAAUUCAGAAAUUGCAAUAUAUGCCACUGAGUGGAUGUAACUGUUCUCCUUGUAACCUUUACUAUUUUGGUUAUUUCCAUUUUUUCCUUGUUAUAAAAAUAUCAACCAAAUGGUGAGAUAUUUUUCCUCUGUGAAGACUGAAAAUGACAUUUUGAGAAAAGUGGCUUUUAUACCAAGGUAACAUCAAAGUUAAUUUUUUUAAAUGCAA